AUGGAUUUCAAAUACCUGUUGGUGUGUGUGGUGUUAUUGAUUCCAACUAGCAGUGGUGUGUCUUUUGAUGAAGUUGAUGACGUCUUCGAGUUGACUACCAAAGUGCUCGAUUUCGUCACCAAGUCAUGGGAGAUUGCUGAUAAUAUGGAAGAACGUUUGGGCAGUGAAAAUACUCCACUCGUGUGGUUCACAAAAAAAAAAGAACGUAAGAUUUUAUCCUACUUUGGACAUAUUACUCACCUCGUGCAAAUGACCCAAAAAGAAACAAAUGACAUAAGGACUAUGAUGUUGGUUAGUCUUAAGAGGCUGCAAUCCAUGCCUGAUGCUGUUUUGAACGGAAUGCAAAUUAAUGAACUUUUGGAGUCUGUCAGAUCAAUUGAAAACGAUUUUAGUACUAUGGAAGAGUAUAAAUAUGAAGAAAAAGAUAAGAACGAAAAAAAUGUAAAUCCUGCAUAUACAUCUUAUACAUUAGAGAAAUUUGCUGAUGCAAUGUUGACAUACUCAGCGGGAUCUCCUCAUAAGCAAUUGGCAAAAAUUCACUCUUUCAUUGUUCCGGAAUGGGAAGGAUUUAAAUUUCAUACACAUGGCGGUAUUUUCAAUAUUUUAAGACACACUAUGGAAAAUAGUGAUACACUUUGUGAUCAAAAACAAUCAUUACAGCAGCUGAUUUUCAAUUUGUACACAACAUUGCAUCUUACUCAGUUAAAAGGAUUUUCUGUUAUGCAAUAUUCAUGGAUGUUAUUGCAAACGUAUGGAAAAGGAAAUUUUACAUUUGAAAGAACAAAACAAAUGGAACAUUUUGAGAAAAAAAUCAUUGAACAGCUCGAUGCCUUAAAAUCUUCAAUCAUUUCUGCAAGUAAUAUAUACUGGAGAUGUGACCCAGCAAAACAUGUAAAGGAUACAACUUAUUCAGAAGUUACACAGUUAUUACAGGGUUAUAUAGAAAAUGAAGCCGAUAUGAACAGAGAGCAGAGCUGCAUGAAAGACUGUUCAUACUAUGAAGUUGCAGAACAUAAAUCAUGUUAUAGAGAUCAAUUUUGUGCUAAACAGCGUGUUUGUAAUGGACGUUUAUUAAAUUGUCAGUAUUUUGAUUCUGACAUGAGAAUUUGUCAAUCUAAAUUUGGAAGCAGUAGGCGAUAUGAUUAUAUUGCAUAUGAAAAAGGUAAAGUCUUGGGUGAUUCAUCAGUUGAAUGCAAAGGUACAACAAGUAUGGUAGACAGCUGGUGGACAUUUUUGGUUUGGCAUUGUUCUUACUGUUUUUGCAUUUGCGAUUCAAAUGAUUCUGGUUCUGAUAGAUACUUCAGUUUAAGACCUUCGGUUUCUAAUAUUGAUAAAAAUAUGGUUAUAACUGGUGUGAGGUUCAUUAAAGUUAAACAAAUGUUCCAUUUACAAGCCCAAGAAGGUGAACUUGGCCCUCGAGGAGGAAUAAGUGAAUCUUCCAGACAAUGGCUUGAAGUACCCGGUUCUGAGUUUUCAUAUAAGAAUAAAACAUUAAAAGAUGGUGUUGACUAUCAUACAUUAACAUAUGAAUCCCGCAUUAUUGAUAUUGAUAAUGUAAUUGCUCCUGAAAAUACGGUUGUGACAGGAUUAAAAUUUAGAAAGAUUGGAUCUCACCUUAAUAUUGAAGUCCGCAUUACUCCUUUUGAUUUUAUGACUGGUGAACUUAUUGAACCUGAGUUGAAAAGUUAUUGGAUCGGAAAUGAAAACACUGAAUUGUCCAUAAAUCCAAGAACCGAAAUUGACAUAAAUAAUUCAGAUUUGCAAACCAAAUCAAGUACUGCAUCUGAACCAGAUAUGUCUUCAAAUAAAUUCCUUAAGUUUACACAUUCAUCUAUUGACCGUGAUGUUGCACAAACAACUUUACCUUUUAUUGACAUGCAGACAGUAGCACCAUUUCCUGGCGUGCCACUUUCCGGAAUAGGAAUUUACUAUAAAGGAACAAAAAGUUUUGGUGGAUUUAUUGGGGCUAAUGUUUUUACUUACAAUUUAAGUAAUAACAUAAAUCCCAAGUUAUUCCAAAUACAUGCAGUUUAA